AUGUUUAAGAAGCGGAGUGUCAAGAAGGAGCAGAAGCGGAAACGCGAGGAGGUGGAGGACACCGACGACGCGGCAGAGCCGGCGGUGGUGAAGAAGGAGAAGCUGGACGCGGCAGCGCCUGCCAAGACAGCCAAACCGGCCUCGAAAGAGCAGCCUGAUAAGAGCGAGGCAAACGAGGCAAACGAGCCAACUAAGCCGGUCAAGGACACCACGCGGUACAACAUCAAGCCGUUGUCGGCGAGCAUCAAGACAAACACGGUCGUAGACUACCAGCCGGACGUGUGCAAGGAUUUCUUGAAGAACGGUUAUUGCGGUUAUGGAGACACUUGCAAGUUUCUUCACUAUAGAGACGAGUUUAAGGUGGUGAAGGCUCCCAAGAAGAAGGAGUGGGAGGAGUUUAGACACCAGUUGUUUCAAGCUGUUGAAAGUAGUGGUUAUGUGGCUGGUUAUCUCCGUGUCUAUUGGUUCUGGUCGAUGGUUGCGCGCCAGCCGCUUGUACAGGAUCCUGUAGGUUUGUGUUUCGAAUGGGUCGGCGUCGAUCUCCGCCUGUGCGGCGUUUUUGAAGUACCAGGGGUCCAUAAUGUUGAUCCAGGCUUCCAGCUCCGGCGAAAAAACUCAAACGUGGUGAGCUUCUCCUUGGAAUUGAGCACUCUGAGCUUAUUGAGCGAGUUGAACUCUUCCAAAUCGUCAAAGUCCACCUCUUCCUCGGCGUCGUCAUCUCCUUGGUUUCUGAUCUCCAUCACCUCGCCGUUGGUGAGGUCGUCACCCUUGAACUCCAUCAAAACGUGCGGCUGCGCUCUCAUGUCUGUGAAAAUGGUGGCAGGAGUGACCAUCGACGGAGCCAGGUACUGCGGAGUCUCGAUCUCCCGCUUGCGCUUUGCCGACGACGACCGCACAGAGACAGGCUUCUUUGGCGCGUUGUUGAUCUCGGCAAUGUGGUCGAUGUCGUUCUCGUUCUCUGUGUCGCCAACAGGAGCUUCGCUGAUGAUAUUGUCCCGCAGACUCGAAACCAGCGUAUGCAGCCCCAGCCGGGGAAUCUUGACGGCAGGCUCCGAGAACUGCGACCGAUGUUUGGGUGGUUUAGGCAUAGCGACCGGUUUCGGCAGGUUCUGCACGGGCUCAGACCCUGAAAUCAGCAUCGGAGCCACUCGUUUCUUUCCUGACUUGGUCACCGUAACUUUCUGCGAGCUCGGAGUCAGAACGUUCACCUUGGGCUUCGCAGCAACAGGUUUCGUCUUCACCGUCGGCAUCACUUUUUCUGGAUGCUUUUUCGACCGCGGAACAAGCAUUUUCCCGGUGAACGGCCGCGACUUUAGCACGGCCUCGGCCUUCUCCUCCAGCUUCAACUGGUCUAUGCUUUCCGGGAACACCAUGCUGUCUCUAUCGGCACCGUACUUGUUCAGCACGUUGUCGUGUUGGUCCAGCGGAAUGGGUUUACCCAGCUCGUUCUCGUCAAAGAAAACAGACGUGAUCGAUCCAUCGAGAGAAGACAGAAAUAGCACGUCGCCAGUCGGGUUCCAUGCGAGAUCGGUGAUCGUGUUCAACGAAACGUCGGCAGCAACCACCAGCGGCGUGGCCGCACUCGUGCUCCAGAUCACCAGCGUGCGAUCCUGUCCCGCAGUGACCAGUACCGUGGAGAUUUCAGGCUCCUUGUCCUGCUUCGUUCCUGUAUCGACUUCGUACAGUCGCGGAGAGAAAAGACACACCUCGCACGGCGCGUCGUGGCCAAUCAGACUGAUAUCUGUGGCCCAGUUGCCUCGCUCUAUAAUGGCAACCGAGCACAACCCGCCGUUGAUGGCGUUUGGAGAUGCAAUGUUCUGUCCGUCUGGAGACCAAGAAGUUCGUCUAAAAUACGUCGUGAGCGGCGUUUUGCGAAACGGCUCUUUGAUCACCGACUCCACGGUGAAACUCAUCUCUGUUGGCGACGAGCGAUGGUAUCUGAAGAUCCGCAACGUUCUGUCGUCAGAACAGGUUGCAAAAUAUUUAUUUGCCGGAUCAAACACCACACCUUUAACGUGCGACUGA